AUGAAAAUUCGAGUUUCACCAGUGAUGACUGCGUUGAAAUUCUUUCAACAAGUGAUGGUGAGUCAGAAGCAGGAUCUUUUGGCUAAUUACUUUUUGCGGCAAUCAUUUGGUUUAAUAUCACACAACAAUGUCCAUACAACACAGCAGUCAUCAUUAACCGCAGCAUUCAACACAAAACCAAGGCAAAAACUUGCAUUCAGUUUGAAAAAAGAAAGUACUGGAUUGUUCUGCAUUCCGGAGUUGCGCGACUACAGUGGCUUUUAUUUGCUCAAAGAACGGGUUGAAAAUGAAGUGGAGAGUUUAGUUGAAGAGGCUCUUGGUCCAAGGCGAACAAGGAAAAUUGUGGAAGUUUUUGACCAGUUAUCUGAUUCUUUAUGUCGAGUGGCUGACAUGUCUGAAUUUGUACGACUUGCCCAUCCACAAGAGGAGUUUGCUAAAGCUGCUGAAGAUUGCUGUAUGUCUUUGUCUGGCCUUGUGGAACGCUUGAAUACAAAUGUAGACUUGUACAAUACCUUGAAAAUGGCAUUAGAAAAUGGAGACAUUGUUCCGAUGGAUGAUGUUGACAAACAUGUAGGCAAAUUGUUUAUUUUUGAUUUUGAACAAAGUGGAAUUCAUCUUGAUGAGACAAAGAGAAAGCAGUUUGUCCAGUUGAAUGAAAGCAUCUUAAUGUUGGGCACUUAUUUUGCUCAGGGAUGUCAAAAGCCAGCACCAAUAUCCAAAAAUCAACUUCCAGAAAAUCUACGACAUUGCUUCAACUUGCAUGGAGACAGUGUGAUGGUAACGGGUCUAUUUUCAGAUCACUAUAGUGACUUGAUACGUGAAGCUGCUUAUAAAAUAUUUCUUCAGCACAAUUCACAUCAAAGUGAAUUAUUGGAUGCUUUACUUCAUGCUCGAUUUGCUGUAGCACAACUUGUAGGAUUUCCAACAUUUGCUCAUCGGUCACUAAGAGGGACUCUGGCAGAAAACCCAGAAAACGUGAUGAAUUUUUUAGAUACUCUUGCUGAAAUGGUUAUGAAGAAAGCUGACGAUGAUUAUGCUGAAAUACUCAAACAGAAAAUGAGACAUUCAUCUCAUCCCCAAUCUUAUUCUGUGAAACCAUGGGAUCCACCUUUUUAUGCAGCUCUUGGGCGCCAAGAAAGAUGUAACAUUAACAACUCAGAUUUAUCCCCUUAUUUUUCAUUGGGAUGCUGUAUGGAAGGGUUGAACAACUUGUUUAAGCAGUUAUUUGAUGUCAAGCUGCAACCAGUUGAGGUAGAGACUGGUGAAGUUUGGUCAUAUGACGUACACAAAUUAGCUGUAGUCCAUGGAACCGAAGGUGUUCUUGGUUACAUUUAUUGUGAUUUCUUUGAGAGGAUUGGGAAACCAGUCCAGGAUUGCCAUUUUACAAUUCAAGGUGGGAGGCAGUGUCAAGAUGGCAGCUACCAACUCCCCAUUGUUGUUCUUCAACUCAACUUCCCCAUUCCACAAACAAGUGUUCCAUCACUUCUAACUCCUGGUAUGAUGGAGAACCUUUUCCAUGAGUUUGGACAUGCAAUGCACUCAAUGUUAGGCAGGACAAAAUAUCAACAUGUGACAGGGACGAGAUGUUCAACUGAUUUUGCAGAAGUUCCUUCUGUUCUGAUGGAGUAUUUUGCUUCAGACCCAAGAGUUUUGUCAACUUUUGCCCGACAUUAUAAAACAGGAGAACCACUGCCCAUGAAAGCAAUCAACAAUCUUUCUGCAGCCAAAAAAAUGUUUGCAGCUUCAGAUCUUCAACUGCAGGUCUUUUAUUCCAUUCUUGACCAAAUGUAUCAUGGGAAACUACCUCCUCCUGGAACAUCCACUACAGACAUUUUGGCUGAAGUGCAGAACAAAUAUUAUGGCAUAAAAUAUGUUCCUGGCACAGCUUGGCAGUUGAGGUUUGUCCACCUUGUCGGAUAUGGAGCACGUUAUUAUUCCUACCUUUUGUCUCGUGCAGUAGCAUCUCGCAUCUGGGAGAAAUGCUUCAAAGAUGAUCCUUUCAGUCGGACUAUGGGUGAACAUUACCGUCAGAAUUUGUUAUCUCAUGGUGGUGGGAAACCACCAAGUGAAUUGAUUAAAAAUUUAUUGGGAGAGGAGCCAACCAUGGAUAAAUUAGUUAGUUCACUUGUUCAUGAACUUGAAUUGUGA